AUGACUGCGCCUCAUAAGAAUAUAGCUAUCGUAGGAGCUGGUGUUUUUGGUUUGUCCACUGCUCUUCACCUCAGUGAAAGCGGUUAUAAAAACGUUACAGUAUAUGAUUAUCAACCAUACGACGAGAGUGCUUAUGAUCCUAAUGCCGGUUGUGAUUCCGCGAGUGCAGACUUAAACAAAGUCUACCGAUGCUUCUAUGGUAAACAGACUGAAUAUCAAGAUUUGGCGUUCUCCGGACGGGAAACAUGGCUGAAUUGGAACAAGGUAAUCGCGUCCUCUGCUCCGGAGGAUCUACCAAAAGGACUUACGCCUAACGAUCAAUUACUCGUAAUUAAUGGAGUGAUUAUGAUUAGUGGGAGCAAGGAGCUGUCCGAGGUUGAUCAGGAGAGUUUGGCAGCACUCGAUAGGGCCGGGUUAAGGCAUCAUCAACAUGUUCUUCUUGACAAGCAAGAUAUUCAGCGGCUCUGGGACAAAGACGCAGAAGACCCUUCCCAUUGGAAAGACAAAAUCGAAAGUUUGAAUAAGGCAGGAGGAGGAGGGCUUAAUGGCUUUAUUGAUACAUCGGCGGGUUUCACUUAUGCCGAUAAAGCUUGUGUUUGGGUCAGACACUUAGCAGCAAAGGCUGGGGUGAGAUUCGUUUUGGGUCCAGAGGCAGGCAAGUUUGACCAGUUGCUGGUUGAAGAGAGAGAAUGUGGUAAGAGAGUGAAGGGAUUAAGAACAGCAGAUGGAAAGGAGCACUUUGCAGACGUAGUCGUAAUCGCAUGUGGUGGAUGGACACCGAGUAUCGUACCAGAAGUGGAAAACCUUCUCGAAACCACUGCUGGUUCCGUUGUAACCAUCGCAUUGCCCAAAGAUCGAAAGGACUUGUGGGACAAAUUUUCUCCCGAGAAGUUUCCGGUAUGGGCUUAUGGCGUGUCAGGAUCGACUGGUCCAGAAUUUGGAGGAUUUUACGGCUUUCCAAGGACCGCCGACGGGGUGAUCAAAAUUGGUUACCGUGGUAGAAAGUGGACCAAUUACCAAACACACCCAAAGACUGGGAAGCGAUUAUCAGUACCUAAAACCAGAUACACUGUUGAUCGAGCUGAAAAUCUUCCUAAGAAAGCGAUUGAUAACAUCAAGGUCGUGAUCGCGGAGCUCUUUCCCGAGCUGAAGGAAAUCGGAAUAACCGACACCAGAAUGUGUUGGUACACUGACAGUAUCGACAAUUCGUUUGUAAUUGAUUAUGUCCCAGAUUACAACGACAGUCUUUUUGUAGCUUCAGGUGGAUCUGGACAUGGCUUCAAGUUUCUCCCUGUUCUGGGUAAACACGUCGUCAACGCGCUCGAACGGAAACCAGAUCAGUUCACGCAGCUAUGGAAAUGGCGAUCUUCUGAACCUGGUACACCGGCCAAUGGUCUAGAGGAAGGAGAACAAUCCGGUAGAAAUUUGGCAGAUUUACAACUCGCGGAGGAAAGCGACUGGUCUUUUAAGGAAGCCUCCGCCCAACAUGGCAGCAAGGAUCAUGACAGGGCCUUCGCAAACGUUGACCAGCUUUCACCAGAAGUUGAACAGAUUUUUAUCUCUGCAUAA